AUGUCGCAAAUUAAUAAUGGUAUUGUUAUCGUGUCGCAACCAUCUCCGGAAGCGUCCAGGUUAUCCAAAAACCAUGAAAUUGGAAUCACACCAUGGAUUUCAAUAUUAGCAACUGUUUUAGCGCUGGCAACACCAGCUAUAUCCAGCUCACCGCGGGUCGUUUGCUACUACACGAAUUGGUCGGUGUACCGGCCUGGUACAGCCAAGUUCAAUCCCCAAAACAUCAAUCCCUAUCUUUGUACGCAUCUCGUGUAUGCCUUCGGAGGGUUCACAAAGGAUAACACCCUUAAACCGUUCGAUAAAUACCAGGAUAUUGAAAAGGGUGGUUACGCCAAGUUCACUGGCCUGAAGACGUACAACAAGAACUUGAAGACACUUUUAGCUAUCGGAGGCUGGAACGAAGGCUCAUCUCGUUUCUCCCCAAUGGUCGCAUCCAAGGAGAGGAGGAAGGAGUUCGUGCGGAAUGUUAUCAAGUUCCUGAGACAGAACCACUUCGAUGGAUUAGACUUGGAUUGGGAAUACCCAGCGUUCAGGGACGGAGGGAAACCGAAAGACAGAGAAUACUACGCCAAGCUCGUGAAAGAGUUACGCGAGGAGUUUGAAAGGGAAUCAGAGAAAACUGGUAAACCUCGUCUGCUGCUGACAAUGGCUGUUCCUGCUGGAAUAGAGUACAUACAAAAGGGAUUUGAUGUCAAGACUCUAAACAAAUACCUAGAUUGGAUGAAUCUUCUGACCUACGACUACCAUUCGGCCUUCGAACCAGCUGUCAACCACCACGCGCCACUGUACCCUCUCGAAGAACCAAAUGAAUACAGCGUUGAUAAUGAACUUAAUAUUGAUUACACUAUCAAGUUCUACUUAGAAAAUGGUGCUAGCCCGGAUAAACUGGUAUUGGGUAUUCCAACCUAUGGAAGGUCGUACACACUCUUCAACCCUGAUGCUGUAGAAAUCGGCUCACCAGCCGAUGGUCCCGGUGAACAAGGAGAUGCGACGAGAGAAAAGGGAUAUCUAGCGUUUUACGAGAUUUGCGAUGCCCUAAAAAGCAAAAUCAACAAACGCGCUAUAUCCUCGGAAGAGGAAGAUGAAUCUGAAGAAGAAGACUCAGAAGAAGAAGAGAAGCAAGAAUGGACAGUGAUGUACCCGAACCCCAAUGCAAUGGGUCCAGUUGCGUUCAAGGGCAACCAGUGGGUUGGUUAUGAUGACAUCGACAUCGUCAAGAAGAAAGGAGAAUAUGUCGCGGAAAAUGGUCUUGGAGGUAUAAUGUUCUGGUCGAUAGACAACGACGAUUUCCGUGGCAAUUGCUACGGGAAACCAUAUCCUCUGAUCGAAGCAGCAAAGGAGGCUUAUAUUGCUAAAUUAGGAUCGACUCAAAAUACCGUGAGGCAGAUUGAUUCAUCCAAAUCUUCAACCUCAGCCAGCAGCAGACGAAGAUCCAAGCCACGGUCUAGCACCACGACAACGACUACAACGCCUAAACCCAGUACUAAGAAACCAAGGUUAUCAGCGCAGAGCUCAACUCCAGCAUGGAACCUAAUAACCCCAGAACCACCGACCACUCCGGACCCUGGCUCAGACUUCAAGUGUACAGACGAGGGCUUCUUCCCACAUCCUCGUGAUUGCAAGAAGUACUUCUGGUGUCUCGAUUCAGGACCGUCGGACCUCGGCAUCGUUGCUCAUCAGUUCACAUGUCCUUCUGGGCUUUACUUCAACAAAGCGGCCGACUCUUGUGACUUCGCGCGCAAUGUCCUCUGCAAAAAACCAGCCGCGACCACAAAAGCGCCCACGACCAAGACCACUUUGACCACGACGACUACAACAACGACUACGACUAAGAGACCUAUUCGGCUCACAUCUAGAAGCUCAAUUUUGUUCAGAUCUUCUACAACCACGACAACUCCAGAACCAGAGGUAAGCGAAGAGGAAGAAACGGAAGAAGAAGUCGAAGACGGCGCAGAUGUGGACGCUGAAGACCCGAAGGUUAUCAAGGAACUAAUUGAGCUCAUCAAGAAAGUCGGUGGAGUGGAACAGCUAGAGAAGCACCUGCGCCUUUCAGAGACUGGUGUAAGUCCAGAUGGAGUUGUGACGACAACGCCCUCUAACUUCAACAAGAAACUUUACCAGAAGGUUUUGGAGCGUGCCAGGGGAAAGAGCAAAUAUGGCAACAAUAUAUUCGAAAGUGUUAAUCAGAACAGCCGUAGUGGACCUCAGAACGCGGGUAUCGAGCCAUCUGCUGAAAAGGACAAAUUGUAUAGGAAAGACCGGCCUCAGUAUGUAACCAUCAACCGAGCGAGACAAGCGUCAUCAACACCAGAACCACUCGAAAGCCUGGAAGAAGACGAGAGUGGAUCAGAUGAAGUCCAAGAACCCGUCAGAUCCAGGAUUUUAGAGUCUGUUAGUAGUGUAGCUACUACUUCUAAGCCAUUACAGUAUGUGAACAUAAGAAGAGCAAGACCAACAACGUUGAGUGAUUCGGUUGAUACAGCGCCAUCUAGAAACGCAUUAUUUGAGCGAGAUCCCCUAGUGUCGGUUUCGGAGACCGGCGGCUCGCUGGAUAUUUCAAACUCACGUCGCACCACCACCACACCUGAAUACGUCACCAUUAGAAGAAGCAGGCCAACUACUGAGGAAUCGUCUACAUUGCAAUACCAGCAAUCCGAGGAAGUGGAAACACAAGAAACCGCCCUAGAAAGGGAAAUAUCAUCACCAUCACUGCAACCGCAGUACUCUUCGAUAAUCCGUACUCGCUCAACAACUACCGCCCCAGAAGAAAUUAACAGUCCCGAACCAACGACUGUGUUGUCUGUUCAAAUUUCUUCACUUUUGAACGAGCCGAGUACAACUGAAGCUGAGACAGUUGCACAGACGACAGUCUCAACUGAACCCGAGACAACACCUACGACGACAACAACGACUUCCACGGCGGCACCAACGACACGCCGUAACUUGCUCAGACGACGUGGUUCAACUUCACCAACGACCACCACUGCAGCGACAACAACGACUCAGGUAAGUUCUAGAAACUAUUCCUUUAUACGUCGCCGUAGACCGCUAUCACAACCGAACGACAUAUCUGACUCUCAAGAAAUAAGUGAGGUUAGCAGGCGUAUCCGCUCUACAACACCUGAUAGUCGCGAAGUUGAUAAGCCUAACACUAACAGUAGAAAUCAAAUCAGAAGGUUUAGAAGUCGCUUUCAAACAACGACAAGUGAUGAUUCCAUCCCGGCCGCUGCAUCCCAAGUACCAAGAGGGCAAUACAGGCCACGGUUAACCCGAGAUGAAGUUUUAUCUCUGACCCCUAUAGAUGUAGAUGAUCAACAAAUUAUAGGCGAUGCCGAUGAAGAAAGUGAAAUUAUUCAGCCCCAAAACCCAACAACAAUUGCUGAUAAAAUUGAUGAUAGCGAAGUUUCUGCGGCCACCAUUGACGAAAGAAGACCAAAUAUAUUACCGAGAGGUAGAAGUAGAUUUAUUGUAACGACAGAGUCUUUAAAACAGUCUGCCGCAACAGAACCUCCCGUAAAUUCACGACGACCAACAUUUGCAAGAUUCACACCGCGACCUUUUGCUAGAACAGUAACUACUGCUCCAGUAAAGAACGACGAUAAUGAUCCUCCAGCACAGACAAGAAACCGUUCUCGUUUUCCUAUAUCAAGGCCCAGAUUAAGCUCAUCUUCCACAGGGUCACAAUUAGAAGCAAGAAAACUCCCUUUCCCAAGCCGUGUUUCUACUGUAGCGCCCACAACUAUAUUAGAUAAGACUGAAGACGAUUUAUUAGAUAACAAAGAUGAUAUUUCACUUUCUGAAAGUGCUAUCGAAGAAAAGGAACAUGAUGAAGUAUACGAUGAGCCUACAGAAACAACUAAGGCGCCGUUACGGCCAAGAGUAACAAUUAGAAAACUAGUUACUCCUGACAACGGUCUGAUCAAUGAAUCUUUAGUAGAUGAGUUAGGGAAACGCAAAUUCAGAGUGAUUCGUCGGCGUCCUACCACUACCACAACUGAGCCAAUUGACGUUAUAGAAACAACCGCUACAACACCAACGAGGAUACGUAAGAUCAUACGUAAAAAGGUAAAACCUAUUGAAGAAGAAGAUAACCAACCUAAAAAUAGUAUUAAUGCUGGAUUCAAUGCCGCACCUAAUGUACAAAACUAUGGGGAAAAAACAAAGCCAACUCUUGCCACGUUACCCGAAGAAAUUCCAGAAACUACUACUGUUGACGAGGAUAUUAUUCCGGACCAAAUUCUAACAGAUUUAGUUAAAAUUAGGCCAAAUAAAGAAGAGUCAUUUGGUAAUGAAUCUGCUGAUAUAGAAGACGAGAGCGAUGAUAAACGUGAUAAAGUCCCUAAUACGAGUUCUCUUAGCAAUGUAAGCUCAGAAACAAAUGAAAAACCCGAGGUAACUGUAAUAGAACAAGAUCAAGCAAUUGUAACGUCAGAUAAAGAACAAGUAGACCCAAUAAAUAAUAAUAUUACUUCAACAGAAAUAAAAUCUCCCGCCACUGAAGAAAAAGAUAUUAACGUAAACCUAGGAAAUGUGGAUAUAGAUAAGGAAGAUAGUAAAAUGGAAGUAAAUCCUACUGAAGAAAAAUUAGACCGUGAAUCCCCUACUAAUGCAAACAACGAUAAAGAAAAAAUUGAAAAUAAUGAAGUGAAAGAUGAAACUACUACUUCUAAGCCGACAUCUCAGGAUGAAGUAACAGAAACCACUGUAAGCUCAACACUUCUUUCAUCUUCUCCAACAGCGCGAUCUAGAUUACCUUAUCGGCCGUCGAAAAGAGUAUACACGCCCUCCACAGAACCUUCGGUGCCUUCAAGUAGUAGAACUUUUAGUAGAAAGUAUAACCCGGGAGCUUAUACCAGUCCUUCAACUGUAGAAAGACCAAAUUCAUUUAGUAGACCAACAACAAAACGACCUUUGUUCUCCAGAACAUUUACCAGAAGGACCUUCCCAACAGUAAGAACAACUCCAAGGUAUGAAGAAGAAGAGGAAGAUGAUAAUUAUUCAGAUGAAGAAAUUUUGGAUGAAGAGCCUGAAAAUCCACUAGUUUUUGUACCACAAGGCAAACUCUUUACUAAGAAACCGGAUUCUGAAGAGUACGAAGAUAUUGAAGGUGAAGAUAUACCAGAAGAUGAAGAACCGGCUGAUGACGAAAAUGAAAAUUAUGAAGAAGAAUCUCCAGUUAAUCAAUUUACACCAUCAACUAGAAAACCAUUCUUUAAGCCCCGCAUCGUCAAUUCUAAUACGUUUAGGACAACGACUUCUACAACAGAACUUCCCCGCCCACUCACUAAUGGGAAACAAAAUAGUACGGCUACCAGAAUUGCAAAUAAACCAGUAGACCCUACUAAAAAACGCGUCCAAAAUGUCCCAAUCGGUUAUAAUGCACCAAAAGCAAAUACUCCCGCAACAUUAAAUUCAACAAAAUCUACUAGCCCCAAGACAGCACCAACUACUGUUUCACCACUGCCCGAAACAAAUCCCACGACAACUGAAAACGAUGAUGAUUAUUUAUCUAUGACCGAGAGUAUUACUACAAUAUCAGAUGCUGGUAACACAAAAGUCGAUAGUAUUCCAACUACAAAUAAUGUUGAAUAUGAAACUGCCACCUCCGAAAUGGAAAUCGAUAAUAGUACGGAUGAUUACUUAGAGUAUACAACAAACUACCCAAAUACAAACACACCUACUGAAAUCGACAUUGCAAAAACAACAACAGAUACGCCUGUAGAGAAAGAUGUUCAAACAACAACAACUGAAAAUGUAUUAGAUACCACUACUGCUGUCCCACAAGCAUCUCCAAUUGUUAAAACGCAGUUCGAUAAACUAUUUUCUAUAAGCAGAGUUGUGGAAGUGUCUUCGAAAUCGGAAAAACAUCGUCUAAACAAAAAUAACGAAACAACAUUAAUAGAAGAGGGUAAAGUGGUGAUUGAGAAGAAGCCGACAGUUGAUAAAAUCGGUGAAGUCAGCCGAUUUAGUCUUAUAAAAAUCGUUGAGGAUGAUAUUCCGAUAUAUUUAACAAAAUACGGACACAUUUAUCCCGUUGACAAUCCCCCUAACAACCCUAUUCGUAUCGAUGAAGCCAGAAACGCUAGAGCCCUAUUUGAUUAUUCAGAUGCGCAAAAAGAGAACCUAGUAGCAUCAGAAAGUAUGAACGAAGCGUACAGACACGUAAACAGAAUAACUAAGCAAGAUAAAAGCCAUUUAGAUGUCGAUAAAUCCCGAAUCGAACGUAUAAACGACGACGAUUUUUUGAGCUACGUCAACGAUGAUAAAAAGCAAGAAAAGCCCGGUGACGAUCAAUUUUCCAAUUGGCAAUUCAUUCCGGCAGCUUACGAAAAUGAACAGAAUAAACUAAAUAAACCAGCUAAAACCUUCGAUAUAGUUACGCCACGGGCUACAUUACCAGACGCAUCUACACUAUCUUUAGAAGGACUUUUUAAGACCGAAAAUCCGAUAACUGCCAGGAAGAUAAGCCAGGAUGCAAAUCAACCGUUCGUUGUGUACUCGGCUUCGGUACCGACUCAAAAUGAAGAAGCCAAUAUUGUUAAACUAAAGGUGCUGAAACCUGAGACGGGACGUAGCAUAGUGACAUUUGCUAAAGGACAGGAAUUCAAAGGAUCAACAGUAAAUGACGACGCAACGGUAAAAUAUCCUAUAUAUGUGUCUGUUAUAUCUUCAUCACCAGUUCCCGAAACUUCCAGUACGUCAACAACUUCUACAACAACCACUACACAAAGCCCUAUUACGAGUCCUUUAAUAGAGCUAUUGACAACAACUGAUCCGUCACCAGUUGUAGCUCAAACCUCCACUGAAACAUCACCACAGACCACAGAAGCUACUACAACUGAAGCGACCACAGAAGAAACAACAACUGUUAAAAUAUCUCCCCUCGACGCUAAAAGAUCGAAAUACUUCCCGAAGAGACCGAUUAUAAAGCCUUCAAAUAUAACUCGAUACAAUCCAGUGAGAAACGCUAAAAAGAACGUUACCAUAUCGACUACAACGAAAGCCCCAUUUAGCCCGAAUAAGUCACGAUUUUCUGGAAACAGAGCCCAGAAUGUACCAGUAGAUAUAAGGAAAAAGAGUACAAAAGCAACAAGGAGUUUUACGACGGAAGCACCUAAAUCCACGACGGAACGACGGGCCUAUGUCAAACCCAUAAGACCUCUUCGUCCUGCCUUCAUCCCGAGAAGAUUAACCACGCCUCCCACUAAUGGAGAUACUUAA